AUGGCGCCAAAACGAGUAACCGCGCCGCAAGUCGACCCGGCGCCGCUGCGUGAGCCCCUCGCUUUUGCGUUCAGCGGGAGAGUUGCGCCGAACCGAAUCCUCAAGGGUGCCAUGACGGAAAGACUCUCGACUUGGGACCCAAAGGUUCUUGAAAAGCGUGGCAUCCCCACCACGGAGCUCAUCAAUGUAUAUCGACGUUGGGGUCAGGGCGGGUUUGGCGUCCUGCUGACGGGAAACGUCAUGAUCGAAUAUGACCAUCUCGAAUCACCCGGGUGCGCCAUCAUCCCGCGAGGCUCUCCGUUCAGCGGCGAGCGCUUCGAAGCCUUUCGGGCCAUGGCAUCCGUGUCGAAGAAGCACGGCAGUCUAGUCAUUGCGCAAGUCAGCCAUCCCGGACGACAGGUCUACAGCAGCGUUCAGCAGAACCCCAUCUCGGCCAGCGACGUCCAGCUCAACAUGAACAGGAUGGGCAUGUCGUUUGCGAAGCCGAGGGCAAUGGAGAAGGAGGAUUUCGCGAAUGUGAUCGAGGGCUUCGCCCAUGCGGCCGAGUACCUGCACAGGGCGGGCUACGAUGGAAUUGAAUUGCACGGCGCCCACGGCUACUUAUUGGCGCAGUUUCUCUCGCCGACAACGAAUAAGCGCACCGACCAGUACGGCGGCUCGUUGAUGAACCGCGCGAGAAUCAUCUUCGAGAUCAACGACGCCAUUCGCGCCCGCGUCCCCAAGUCCUUCAUUGUCAGCAUCAAGCUCAACAGCGUCGAGUUUCAGGAUGGCGGCUUUUCCACCCAGGACUGUACGGAUCUAUGCGCUGCACUGGAAGAAAGCGGGUUUGACUUUGUAGAAUUAUCGGGCGGCACGUAUGAGGCUGGUGCUUUCUACCACCGCAAAGAGUCGACUAAGAAGCGCGAGGCCUUCUUCCUAGAGUUUGCUGACAUCAUCGUCCCCGGACUGAACAGGACCAAAGUCUAUGUGACUGGGGGGUUUCGCACAACAAGUGGCAUGGUCAAGGCCCUUGAUACAGUGCAUGGCGUUGGGUUGGGCCGUCCGGUUUGCGAUGAGUUCGACUUGCCACAGAAGAUAUUGAACGGAGAGGUUCAUGGUGCGAUCGAGGUUUUGAUGGACCAGGCAGAUACCACCAUGACGAAUAUGGCCGCGGGUACUCAGUGA